GGGAAAUGACAACACAACCCGGAAAAGUGUGAGAGGCGCUCGUAAGAUAUGGAUGAGCGCUACUACACGGUGACGAAGGAGCAGACUGCCGUGAAAGCCAAGUACCCGGCUGUGGUGAAGAAGCAUGAAUAUUUGGACCACACUGCUGACGUACAACUACAUGCUUGGGGGGAAACAUUGGAGGAAGCAUUUGAACAAUGUGCCAUGGCUAUGUUCGGCUACAUGACUGAUAUAGAGACUGUGUCGCCUAUAGAUACAGUAGAAGUGGAGGCUGAAGGGGGUGAUUUGCUCUCUUUACUGUAUAACUUCCUAGACGAGUGGCUCUAUAAGUUCAGUGCUGAUCAGUACUUCAUACCUCGGGAGGUGAAAGUGCUACACAUAGACAGAAUGAAUUUCAAGAUCCGUUCGAUUGGGUGGGGAGAAGAAUUUAGUUUAUCUAAGCACCCACAGGGCACAGAAGUGAAAGCCAUUACAUAUUCAGCCAUGCAGAUCUGUGAAGAAGAGAAGCCUGAGGUUUUCGUCAUUAUAGAUAUUUGAAGUUUACUAGAAUUCUCCUCGAUCAUUAGAGACGGCAGAGAUUCCUCGGAACAACCAUGGAGAUGGCUGCCUUACCUUCUGCACUGGACACUUUUAUAUACCAUGAUUUAGGAAACUAUAUGGUGUUUGCAUGGGGCUGUAAAUUAAUCUGUACUAGUAAGGGCGGGUUCUCACCAGCGCUAGGAAUUCCGUUUUGCUCCGUCCUAAUACAUGUCUAUGGGCACAAAUAACAUAACUGUUAUUUGUGCCUGUAGACCUGUAUUAGGAUGGAGCAAAACGGAAUUCCUCAUAAAGGGUUCCGUUAUAAUGGAAUUUCUAGCGCUGGUGCGAAUCUGUCCUAAGAGGACUAUAUUUGGGGCAGGUGUCCAAGUUCAGGUUUUCUGAUGCAGCUACGAGUGGAUUUAAAAAAAAUAAAAUGAUUUAGGCUUUCUUUUAUGUAUCCUUUUCGAAGAGAUCCCAUCCUGAUUUUAACCACUGAAACUGCAUGAAAAAACCUGAAUGUGGAAACCCAGCCUUAUAGCAAGGCGUUGAAACCACUUGCUGUUUGCACUGAAGACUGGAAAUAAAUCUAUUUUUAAUGAAUAUUACUGUAGGCAGCU